GCUGACGACGUGCGAUUCCCUGCCAUUCGAGUCCACGACAAACGCCUGUCUUUUCGGUUGCUUCCAAUCUCGGAGGAACAAACUGCCGAUUCACCUUCUUCAUUCCAUGUCUUCACCUCGAUCUCAUGGAGUCCAAUCCACUGGCCACUAUAUAUAUCCUGCCAAUCACCACGCCAUUUUCCAUCGAUCUCGUACCAUAGCACAGUAGUAGAACACGCACACAUCUAGGCUAGGCAUGAUGAUGUCACCGAGAGCCUAUAACCUGUUCGUCUCCAUCGCCGUCGCGGCCCUCUUCCUGAUCGCCGGCGCGCGCAACGCCGCCGCGUUCAACUACGCGGACGCCCUCGACAAGGCGGUGCUCUUCUUCGAGGCGCAGCGCUCCGGGAAGCUGCCGCCGGGCCAGCGCGUCGGGUGGCGCUCCGACUCCGCCCUCUCCGACGGAUCUGCCUCCAAUGUGGACCUGGUGGGAGGGUACUACGACGCCGGGGACAACGUCAAGUUCGGCCUGCCCAUGGCCUUCACCGUCACCAUGCUCUCCUGGAGCGUCCUCGAGUUCGUCGGCGACGCCACACCAUCUACCUCUCGCGGCGAAGCCGAGGCGGCUGUGCGCUGGGGCGCCGACUACCUGCUCAAGGCGGCGACCGCGACGCCGGGAGCCCUGUGGGUGCAGGUCGCGGACGCGGGGCGGGACCACGCGUGCUGGGAACGGCCCGAGGACAUGGACACGCCUCGGGCGGCCUACAAGGUGACGACGCAGAGCCCCGGGUCCGACGUCGCCGGCGAGACCGCCGCCGCGCUUGCCGCCGCCUCCCUCGUGUUCCGGGCCCGCGAUCCGGCCUACUCGUCCAGGCUGCUCGCCGCCGCGCGCCAGGUGUUUGAUUUCGCGGACCGGUACAGGGGCUCCUACAGCGACUCGCUCGGCUCCGUGGUGUCCGGUUUCUACCGCUCAUACUCCGGUUACAAUGACGAGCUCCUCUGGGCGGCGGCGUGGCUGCACCUGGCGUCGUCAAAUGGCGUGUACAUGUCGUACAUCCACACCAAUGGACCCAACCUCGGCGGAGAGCAGGACGACUACACCGUCAGCUGGGACGAUAAGCGCGUCGCCACAAAGGUCCUCCUCUCCAAGGUGUUCUUGCAGAACAAGGUGGACGGCCUGAGCACGUACAAGUCCCACGCCGACCACUACAUCUGCUCCCUCGUCCCGGGCGCCGGCGCCGGCCAGGGGCAGUACACGCCGGGCGGGCUGCUGUUCAAGGACGGCGACAGCAACAUGCAGUACGUGACGUCCACCACCUUCCUGCUUCUCGCCUACGCCAAGUACCUCGGCGCCGCCGGCGGCACGGCCUCCUGCGGCUCCGGGGCGGUCGCGCCGGCCGCCCUCGUCUCGCUCGCCAAGAAGCAGGUGGACUACAUCCUGGGCGCGAACCCGUCCGGGAUGUCGUACAUGGUGGGGUUCGGGGCGCGGUACCCGCAGCGCGUGCACCACCGCGGCGCGUCCAUGCCGUCGGUGCGCGACCACCCGGGCCGCAUCGGCUGCGACGAUGGGUUCCAGUACCUGCACUCGUCGGAGCCGGACCGCAACGUGCUCGUCGGCGCCGUCGUGGGCGGGCCUGACUCCAGCGACGCCUACUCCGACAGCCGCGACAACUACGCGCAGGCCGAGCCGUCCACCUACACCAACGCGCCGCUCGUCGGCGCCCUCGCCUUCUUCGCCGGGGCACGCAGCAACAAAUAGCAGUAGUAGUCGGAGACCAUGCAUAAUAUACUCAGUUACUCGUGGCGCGACGAUUGAAUUUGAACAAUGUAUGCGUGAUCGUCGAUAUUGUGUACCAGUACAAGUUAUGGUCAAGGAAAUCAAAUCCAUCGCGGAUUCAUCCA